CACCCUGUGGCCCGCAGUAAUGGCGGACGAAGGAAGAAAUCGCUUCGCUUUUGAUAAUAUAUCCGUCCAAGCCCAGGGUGCAUCAAAGCUGCUUGCAGCCAUUAAAGAUAAACUUAAGGAUGGCAAGCUUCUUGAUGAGAAAGUUGCCCAUGAGAUCCCAGAAAUUCACCUAUUAUGGGAUUACUGCACCAGUUUAGCUAGUGCUGUCAGCUCAGCUUGCUGUCAAUGUUGGUUACAACUUGUGCGAGAAGGACACGCCCAGUUUAACUACGUAUUAACAGGAUUGCUAAAUGUAAUCCCAGCUGCAAGUAAUGCAAGCUCUGCCGUGCAAGCCAUCACAAGCCUUCUCCUCCUUCAAGUGACCUACAUCAAAAAACACAGCCAGCACUACACUUGUCCAUAUGGACUGAGGAAGUCUCCACACCCCUUUAUUUCUAUACUGGUCAGUCAACCAAAUGCUUCAAGUCUGUUAGUUGAUCAAGUUAGUCUGCUACUUGAACAUCAACAGCACAGGGGCUGUGAUGGUCACAGUGUUUAUAAGAUGUUGGAGCCCUUUCUUCACUUUGUGCUGGUGGAUCCACGACCCUCUGCAGAUCCUGCACUUCAGAUUCAAAUACAAAGAACUCUACUUGAUGCUGCUGAAAAUGCACUGAUUAAAGAAGAUGAUGACAGUAAGCAACUUGCCCUCAUUAUUAUUGAUAUGCUGGUUUUCAUUCAGUCUUACCUUCAGGUUGAUGCUUUGCAUAUUGGGCAAACCACAUAUUUCGCCCAGCAGCUUGCAAAAUGGAUGAUGCAACAUGCAGACUUCAUGUCAAGUAAAGUGGACCUUGUACAGAAUGUCGCAUUCUCUCUGUUGUCACUUUGCCAUGAAAGGCUGCGCCUUGGGAUGGACAUCUUGUCAUCACUUGUUGUGCUGUCCAAGCUACAACAAAAGUCGCCCUUGGUUCUCAAGAAUGCUACUGCUCUAUGGUCUUUAGCUGCUCUUUUGAUGGAGUCACCAGCAAUUUAUUCUGAACAUAUUUGCAAUAUCUGGCUCAUCAUUAUCAGUUGGAUGCCAAUAACAGAGCUUACUGUUCAUGAGAGAGUUGCCGCCAUUAGCAUCUUCCCUGCCAUUCUGCGUCUACUUUCCACACCUGGGCAAUUCCUUCCUGACAAACCCUUAGUGGCGACACAGGCCAUGAAGUUGGUAGAUGAGAUUCUUAGAAUACCACCACCAGACAUCAACGAUGAACAGGAGCCACAGCAAAGUGAGAUCUUCCCAAGCCCUUGGCUACGAUGCCUUGAGUCCUGCUCAAUCCUAGCCUGCAAGCUUUUCAGCAAUGUUGAUGCAUGCAUCCACUGGCUGAAGUGUGUUAAAGCUGCGUUCUCUACCCACAAGUCAUGUCCUAGCCACCUAACACUCCUGCUUUCUGCCAUGUUGCUCGAUACCCCUGCUGUUGUUCUUCAAGAGGUUCUUUCAGUGUUUGGAGACCUUGUUCAGAGUGUUCCAUCACAGUCUCCUAAUCUCUUGCCGUUGCUUCUGUACAAGCUUGGUAAAGAGGCCAACCCCGAUUUGAAGCUACAGAUCCUAUACACCAUUCCAGAACUAGCAACCCACAAGUUGAGUGUUGCUCCAGUUUUGCGUUCCGUCCAGACGCUAUCCCUCUCUCCUGCUUUGCGAUCAGUAGCCCUCCGUCUCGUAUGUCGAGUUUGGAUGAAGCAAAAUCGCGUCUUUCCCCACCUGCAUAAGGCACUAUUGGGUGCUAAGGCAGGCAUUACGGACAAGGGUCUGUUGAUGGAGGUUAAUGUUUCUGUGGCAGCUACCAUCAGGGAUAUCUGCAAACACAGGGCGUCCCAACAUGGAGGUGAUAUGCUCGGCAUUCUGUCUAACCUUAUCAAUGAACACACGGGCAAAAUGGCAGGAGAUGAAAAAUCUGCUGUCGUCAUAGUACUCUCCUUGCAAGGAAUCAAGGCUUUGUGUGAGGCUGAGGUGGUAGAUCUAUGCACUGUGUGGCGUGUCCUUGCGCCCAAGUUAUCAGAUGACAGGCGCCCUGCAGUAAUGAAGUGUCUUUGCGAACUUUUUGCAUUAGUGCCACGCCUCGCUACAGACACACAGCAGUAUCAGGAGUUCAAGCAGGAGGUUCUGGGAUUUCUCUGGAGAAUGACAAGAUACCGGACUGCGUGGGUUUCUGGUGCAGCGUUUUCAGCUCUGGCAAACUUCAGUGCAGAGGACUUCGAACUUCAACAUCUGCCUGAUGAGGUCGCAUUACCCAUAAAAGAUCGUCUACGCGCGUCAAGAAAGCCGCAAGAAAAUGAAAAUUCACAAGAGGUUGAAAAAAGCCUCGACAGCUCAACCCCUCCUGGACAUGCAUACAUCGCUCUGCUGCACAGGCUCUCUCUCGCCACCCUCACAGAUUUCAAAGUAUUUUUGACUGCACUUGUUCGUGAGGAGGCGUUGUCCAUUCCACGUGGUGUGAUCCAUAGUGCAUCACGGGCAAGUAGGUCAUAUGACCGAGUACUUUCAGGUAUCCCGUCAUUCCUUCAGACUCAAUACGAGAAGUCCAAGACGCCAGGGCUCAACCAGGGACUUGCAGCGGGCUUGUUAUUCAGCUACGAGCCGCCGUUCGAGGAGCACUCAGGCAAGCGAGCUCGUCGCUACUUCCUGAACUGUGCCAGGAGCUAUCGAAACAUGCUUGAUUCACUUGUUCAUGAGGUCCCCGUACAGCCGUCUGAAUGGCACCGUAACAUGCUACUUCCACACGCGUGGACAGUAUUCAUGAUCAGGCUGUACAGCGCAUGCGUGGAGGGCCGUAAAGCGGAGCUACAAAUGCAAUAUAGUCACGGACACAUCACUGACCAAUCAGAACUACGGGACAAGCUUAACAAUGUAGGGCUUUGGGUACGGGACCAGGUGACAGAACAACUGAAGACAGCAUCCAGAGGAAGUCCUUCGGUCCAAGGGAACUCUGUCCUUUCUCUUGCGGGCCUCGCCUAUGCUGUAUACUCCCACUCCUUCCAGAACACUCUAGAAAUGCAGCCAGACCUGAAUGACGAGUCUGUUAACGAGGCCCAGGCUCCUUGCGCCAAGGAGUGGUUGCUGAUGGUGGCUGACACGCUAAUGACAGUACUCGACGGGAAUUAUAAACCUCGUGGGUCUACCCUUGUCUGGUGCCAGCAGGUGUCUUCCGCAAGCAGUACAGCUAGCUCCCUACUUGCCCGUGCCAGUGCUGCUCUGUCCCUCUCACAGUUAGUUCCUGUUCUUGUUGCACUUGAUCCUGAUCAUGUCAAGCAGUAUAUCGAUGCCUUGAGGCUCAGACUUCCGGGACAGACCAAGGCCGGAAGCUCUGCUGUCAUCCAAGUGCAUUGUGGCCUUGGUCUAGGUCUCUUGCUCAGCAAACUCUACCAAGAGCAUUACAGUGACGUGGCCGGACAAGAUGGGUACAUGCUGGUAACGACAGCUCUAGACACUCUCGAAAAUGCCGGGUUCUCCACAGAUCUAGAAAACACAGAGGGGGCAUGUCUUGGCAUGGGCGUGGCAUUGUCCUCCUUGUGCCAUGAGAACAUCAUCGACUCAAGAGUGCACCUUAACACUAUCCACCAAAAGCUACAGGGGGUGUUAGAUGAGCACCUCGGGGACCCUGAUCAGAGACUACAGACGUUGUGCUUUAACUUCGCACUGGUUACCGCAAGUCUGUUUGAAGUUGGAUUGAUCUCCAUUGAAGAAUCCCUCAAAUGUGUGAAUACGCUGCAAGAACUUACAUUGAAACAUGACCAGGCAUCUGGUGUUUCACUAGCUCUUGGACUUCUCCUACACGAGCUCACUGUGGCAGGGCACUCAGGCGUGACAGAAACCGUCACACAACACCUUAGUAUUUGGCGAGGCUGGGUCGAUAACAAGGAGCUCCCCUCCCUAAAGAAGCUUGCAGGUGCGAACGGCCUGAUGGGAUUGCUUGGUUCAGAGCGAGGAUUCUUUCAGAUAGAUACUGCUCUCACUCCAGACCAGUACGGCCAGGGCGCAUGCGCGAGUAUCCUCAAACUUAUGCAGGCAAGGGUCUCGUCACCCCAGGACAUAGGCCUGGCAAGCAACAUCGCCUGGCUGCUAGGACAUGUGUAUGCAGCCUCAACAUCAACGAACGUGACAAGGACAAGUGUCCCUGAUAGCUACACGUAUCUGCCCGAGUCCAGUGUUCUGCGCGCUUCCUUUGACUUCUUGGCCAAUGCUGGAAAAACAGUUCCUGGCGUGACAGUGUCUAGUCCUGGCGUGACAGUGUCUAGUCCUAGCGUGACAGAUCCUGGCGUGACAGUGUCUUGUCCUGGCGUGACAGUGUCUAGUGCUGCCGUGGAUGUUGUGCUGGAGUCGCUACUGACUGGCCCCACCGUUGGACUGCCUCCUGUCAACUGGCCGGCUGUGCUUGGACCGCUCAUGAGAAGUAGCGAGUCUGGCCUUAGUACGUGCAGGUUGUGUGUGCAGUUUGCCAUCGUGCAGGCCAAGUCCUCGUCUAGUUUACCGCCAUUCAUAUCCUCCUGGCUCAGUGCCGGCUUUGAUAGCUUGGAUGAUGAACUGAAGGUAGAGUUGUUCCAGUCCCUCUCUAAGCUCGCUGGUGUUGUUCCUCCCACACGCAUGCAGGAGUUCAUCCGGGGACCCGCCAUAAGGGAGUUCAAUCCCUCAAAGGAGUCUGUCUGCCUUGCGAUACUAAGAGGGGUACUGUCAGUAAUGACAAUGAAAGACCCGCCCCCUUCUGCGAUUGGCUGGACGUCCACAACUCUACGUUGUCUCUACGAAAAAUAUACGCCUGACAUGUCUGAGGAUACCGCCGACCUUUUUGCGCUAUGCCUGGCUGAGAUGCAACCCGAGGAUGUGGACAAAUUAACACAGGGCGACAGUCUCAAGUCCAUAGCGGUCCGCUGUCGUCUUGUGGGGUCAGGUCGCGCUAAACUCAACUGGAUGAACGUGUGCUUGUCCACAAUCAUGUCGUCAGUCGCACAAGAUUCCUGUGAGCUGGACCUAGCAGUGUAUCACGUUACUAGAGCACUUUCCCAAUCUCCCUCUAGCAAAGCAGACGAACGCUUGCAAUGGCUGAUGGAGCUAACGAGCCAUAUAAGGAGCUCCGCUUGCGAAAGUAUAGUCCAGCCGUCCUCACAGGCGUUGUCACGGGGACUGGCAGUUCUUUCAAGCGCAUGCGCUCAUUGGGCUAGCGGUGUUCAAUUUCCGGACCUACACAUGGUAUCACGGGCUCAACAACCAAGCAGUCUCCGGCGUCACUAUGCUUUACUGUGCAUGCUCCCCGGCAACCUUCUUGAAUUACUGAACAGUGAACCGUGGGCUCGGGUUGCGUCCAAGAUGUUUGACUGGCUAUUUGCUCUGAGAGACGCGCCCGCAGUCAAGGGUAACGACAAACUGCGGUCUCUUGUCAAAGACUGUAUUGUGAAUCUCCGCCACAAUGAUGCGUUCAAGAAAGCUGACGUUUGGACAGAGUCUGUGAAGACUACGACGUGAGAAAGCUCGAAAGGCAGCCUUCAGGUAGAGAAAAAUAUAGCAAUCGCUACAUGAUCACCUUGGCCGAGUGAGUCCCGGGCAUUCGCGUACACGUCAGUCUUUCCCUAUUUACGGGGCAGUUAACGAGAAGCGUCGAGUAAUCAUCGGAAAACGUCGGGUAGUCAUCAGAAGGUGUCGAGUAGUCAUUGGGAAGUGUCGGGUAGUAAUAGAGAAGCGUCGGGUAGUCAUCGUGAAGCGUCGGUUAAUAAUCGGAAAGCGUCGGGUAGUCACCGGUAAGAGAAGGGUAAUAAUCGGGAAACGUUGGGUAGUUAUCGGGAAGCGUCGGGUAGUUAUAGGGAAGAGGCCGGAUAGUUGUCGGGAAGCGCCGGGUAGUCGUCGGGGAGCGUCGGAUAGCCGUUCUGAAGCGUCGGGUAGUCGUCGGGAAGCGUGAGAUUGUGUGGCCAAUUAAGUGUAAGGCACAGUGUCACAUUUUCCCAUACAUUUGAAAAGCUCAUGACUACUAGCGCGAGUCGGGUAAGGGAAUGCUGUCGCCAGACUGAUCCAUCUGUAGUACUCUUAUAAAAGGGCGAAGCCCUUGAAAUAAUAAAUAAUAAUAAAAUCACAAAUGCUA